CGAGAAUAUGUUUACGUAUAAAUAAAUCUAGAACAAGCUUGGAGACCAGAUUGAAGUAAAGCUGUACGACGAAGAACUAGUGAUUUUCAUUUGUUUCAAAAAAGAUUAGAAACAAAAAGGGAAAAUGCUGCGUUGGAUCUGUACGUAUGUGCUCCUUGCCCUUUAUGUGGCCGAGGUCAGAGGUCACGGGAGGCUGUUGGAACCUCCUUCCCGUGCCAGUAUGUGGAGACGUGGAUUCCACUCUCCAAAGAACUACAACGAUAAUCAACUGUUCUGUGGGGGCUUCUAUCGCCAGUGGUCUUUAAAUGGCGGGAAAUGUGGAGUAUGUGGGGACCCUUGGGAUGGACCCCGUGAACACGAGGCCGGCGGAAUCUACGCCACCGGAACAAUAACUAGGAACUAUACAGAGGGCGCCACCAUCGACAUUGAAAUCCAGGUUACUGCAUCACACCAUGGGUUCUUUGAAUUCAGACUGUGCCCAAAUAAUGACCCAUCUAAACCUGUUACACAGGAAUGUCUUGACCGGCAUGUGCUGAAACAACCAGACGGCAAGACCAGAGUCAUUGAGGUUGGGCGUGCACAGACUUACCGGGCAAAACUAAUACUUCCUGACAGGGUCACGUGUUCACAGUGCCUCCUCCAAUGGAAGUGGAACACAGGAAACUCGUACGGAUGUGAUGCCAAGCGAUGCUGUAAAGGAUGUGGCCCUCAGGAACAGUUCUAUGGCUGCUCUGAUAUAAGCAUCGCGACCGAGUCUUCUCAAAGCAACACCGGAAAUACGGAUGAGAGUCAAAACGGAAGUGGUGCGAUGACGGGAGGCCACGAGUUACACACCGCCACAGGACUUGGUACAGUUUCCGGGAACCAAGCACAUAAACCAAACUUUCAGCACACUGAUCAAAUGUCAACACAUCAAUUACUGGAGGUCAACAACAUCACCAGCCUUCCCUGCAAGUUGUUCAUGGUUUUUUGCCUAUAAAUGUGGCACAUCCUCAGAUACAGCAUCCAAGUGGACACGUGCAUGUACCCAGUCAUGUGCAGCCAAAGCCUGUCCCAGUACACCAGGGGCACGCAAGCUUUCCUCAACAACUACAAAUUGGUCAGCCACAACAACACGUUCCGAUACACCAAGGUUCUGCCCUCGUUCCACAUCAUCCACUCGUUCAUGGGUUUUUACCAAUUAAUGUAGGGGUGCAGCAUACCAAUGGACAUUUACCGGUCAAACCCCUCCAACCUAUUUUCGGUCAGCCUCAUGUAAAUCAGCAGCCGUUAGGUGGUCAUCAGUUUAACAACCAGGGGGGUUCCUCACAAGGUUCCGGUUAUAUCCCACAGAAUAUCGGAAGUGGCUACAUGCCACAUCACCAAGCUCCACAGAUCGUCCAUCCACAGCAGCACCAUACUGAUCAGCAACAUUUGCCGAGUGUUACUCACGGAUCUCUCCUGUCGGCUCCCGGGCAUCUAUCUGUACAGUCUGUCAACGGUUUUCUCCCUAUCAACACUGGCGGUCACAAUGUACAAAACCAUCUACAUGGUUCAACCGGAAGUCAGCAGCCGUGCCGAGCUACGCCGGAGUAUAGGGCCGCGUACCGCAUGGCUGAUCAGUAUUGUAUAAUUAAGUGCAGACAAGGCCAAUGUCCGGCUGCUCAAUACUGUCUAGAUUCCUGUAGACACUGAACUCAUCUUCACCCAUCCUCGAUACUCCAGGAAUAUUGCCACUUUCGCCCUCUUUACCCCUGGAAUAUGCCAUGGAAAAAUCGAAGGCAAACAUUUACAUACUUGAUUGGUGUCAAGGAAAAAACCAAAUCGAUCUGUUAGCUGGUGUCUUUUCUUUCGGGCAUCACAGAGGUGAGACACCCGAGUUUAAAACCAGAGGAGAGACAGUCAAGUUUAAAGCCGGCCAAUUUGACCGCAACCUCAAGCCGUGGUUUGAACUUCAAAGGAUAUCAAAUAGGUUUUUUUCACAAUGUUGCGGUGACUGAUCCUUCAAUUUUACCUUGACAUAUUUCAGGAGUAUAGAGAGCGAAAGUGAAGGUAUUCACUGUAGUACCCAGGGUGUUCUUCUUCACCGUGUCACAUAUUCUGUCUCAAACUGUCAACGAAGGCCAAACCAUCCUUGUUCAUAAGAUCAUCAUGUACAAUAUGUAAAUGAAUUUCGGUUUUUUUUUUGGUUUUUUUGCUAUUGUUCUACUGAUAACAUUAAUCACAUUAUGAUUCAUGAAAUGUCAACAUUGGGCUGUAAAUAUAAGUUUGUUUUGAUUUUUUUAGCGACGACAUUUGCCAUUUACUUACUGAUACUCGAUCUUUGACCGUCAUGUUUAGAGGAAUAUCGUAAUCGACAACAUGUCUCUUCAGUCGUCAUGACAACAGAACACUAUAGAUCUUAAAUGUUCAUUUUGUUUAUGCCAAGCCGAUGCUUAUGUAUUAUUCGUCGUCUGUGUAUGGUCACAUCUGUUUAUUUAUUUAUUUAUUUAUAACGAUGGCCUAAUUUUAUUUAAAUGGCUAUUUGGUCCAAGUUGUAUAGCAUCAACAAUGUUACGACAUCGCGUAUUUAAUGUAUUUCUGAGUAGCAUAAGUACACAUUGUAUAUAUCACAAUGAAUUUGUAUAUUUUUGAUACAUUUCAUAUAAAAUAAAGUUGGCUUUACAACUAUUACCGGUAA